AUGGCACGAACGAAGCGCAGCGUCAGAGUGCCAGUAUGGAAUGCGGCCGCGAACAACCAGUUCGGUUUUAACGAUGUCCUACCUCCUGAUAUCGUCGAUGCACUCCUUGCGCUCCCGUCCGGCUCCGAGCAGACGAACAUCCGCGAUGGUGUAACUAGUAGAAGUUCUGCGAAGCGCCGCAAGACUGCAGAUGCCCCUCCCGAUAGCUCAAUAUGUGUCAAAAAGGGCAUCAUUUCCUUCACCCGUGCGAUCGAGCGCCGCGAAACGACCGACCAGAUUUCCGUCAAGCCCGACGUGGGGCCUCAUGUUACCCUUCGAUACGGCGGCAACUUGCUCGGCCUUAAAGCCCGUAACAAGGCUCUCGGACUUGUCGACUUUGCUGUCCUGAUACAAAGUGAUCAUGCCGACCCUGGAAUGGAUAGGAUGUUCAAAGUCAUGUCGCAGCCACUGUCGCGAAGCGCGCACGGAGUACUGUGGACCAAGGUUGACGCUCGACUGGAGAUUGCGCAAGGCAUGCUUACUGGUGUUUUUGCGCUCAGCAUAAUGUGGAAUGAAACUCCAUCGCCAUACUACAUCAUGCGAACCAACGUCGAACGGCGAGAGAGCCAGGAAGUUAUCGAUGCCUUCUUUCCUCGUGCAGGAAUGAGCUCCUCUGCGUGGUCACCGAUGGACUUUUACGAAGCGGCUUACGUUCCUCCAAAAGAUGACCCAGAGUCUGCAUCUAUUGAAGUCCCGUCGCUAGAGGCUACGCUUUUUCCGUACCAAAAAAGGACCGUCAAGUGGCUCUUACAACGCGAAGGAAUCAAAUGUACACCUUCUGGCAUGGAACGCAUCCCGGACUCUGUACCACAGGCUCAUUGUGAUACGUUUCGCGAGGUCAAGGAUGCAAGUGGGAUGACAUUUUAUUUAAGUGAUGUCUUCCACGUCGUCACACGCAACAAGGCUCCGUACCACCUUGCCGACAGAAUCAUGAAAGGUGGAAUCCUGGCCGAAGAGAUGGGGCUUGGAAAAACACUUGAGAUUAUUGGACUUAUCCUCCUGAAUCAGCGCCAAGACGGCUCACAAGAUCCAGUAGACCCUCAGACGGAUUCUGAUGGGCUGUUGAAAACCAAAGCUACUCUUAUCGUCACCCCUGAAUCUCUCCGACAGCAGUGGAUGACCGAGAUUGCACGCCAUGCGCCGUCUCUCCGGGUCAUACACUAUCAAGGUUGCAGGAAGCUCGAGGAAGACGAAGAAAGCAAAGCAGUAGCAAAGCUUGCGUCGUAUGACGUCGUCAUUUCAACUUAUUCUGUUUUAUCCCAAGAACUUCACUUCGCUACCGACCCACCUGAACGCUCACGCCGCUUCGAACGAGCAUAUAAACGCCCUAAAUCGCCUCUCGUACAAAUAUCAUGGUGGAGGGUGUGUCUCGAUGAAGCCCAAAUGAUUGAGAGUGGUGUAAGCCAGGCUGCCUCCGUUGCACGCGUCAUCCCACGAAUCAACGCGUGGGGCAUAACAGGAACCCCCGUGAAAGACGAUGUAAAAGACUUGUUUGGGUUGCUAUUAUUUCUUCGUUACCAUCCAUAUUGCUAUGCAAACCAAGUCUGGAAUGCGCUUAUCACAUUCCACAAGUCGCUUUUUCAGAAACUAUUUCGAUCGCUCGCAUUGCGACAUACGAAGGCUCUUGUGCGAGAUGAGAUUCUCCUACCGCCCCAAAAACGCUAUGUCAUCAGCAUGCCAUUCAGUGCCGUUGAGGAGCAGCACUAUCAAAGCUUAUUCAAGGAUAUGGCAGAAGACUGUGACUUGAGCUUGACAGGUGCCCCGACGCUUGAUGAUUGGGAUCCGGAAGAUUACGAAGCGCAGAUGCGAACAUGGCUGACUAGACUGCGCCAAACAGCCCUACAUCCAGAAGUUGGCGUAUACAGUCGACGUCUGCUUGGGUACAAUAAAGACCGGCCGAUGCGUACUAUUGAGGAAGUUUUGAAUGCCAUGUUGGAGCAGAGCGAAACGGCUAUUCGCAAUGAAGAGAGGGCUUAUUUGUCUUCCAAAUUGACUCGGGGUCAGUUGUUUGAGAAUAGUCCAAGAGUAAAGGAGGCCCUCGUUCUGUGGGAAGAAGUCCACGUGGAGACAGCAAAGCUGGUUGAGGAUGCAAGAGCUGGACUCGCUAGCGGCAUCGAAGAACUGAGGAGAGCUCAAGGGCCACAAGCUGAGCAUGCUGUUCACGAUAUACAUGGGUCUGACUCUGACUCUGACAGCGAUACCGACUUUGUUGAUUCAAGAGGAAAACUCUCGGAGUUACAGCGGCGCUUACGUUCUGCACUGGAAAUACACCACAAGGCGGUGUUCUUCUGCGCCAAUGCCAACUUUCAAAUUCGCGACAACGUCGAAAUGACAGAGCCAGACUCGGAGGAAUUUGAACGCCUCAAGAAACUCGAAGAUGACGGCUAUGAAAAUGCCAAAGUUGUGCGACGGGAGAUACUGCAAGAGAGCUACCGUAAAGCGAACCGUCACAUGACAAGAAUCAAGAAAAAGGCCAACAAUCAGACAUUUGUAGAAGUUCCAGAGCUUGUCAUCAAAACGGAAAAGGGAAUUGAGAGCGGCAGAGUCGUCGAUCGACUGGAAGUGCUUUAUGGCGAACUCAACGAGCAAGCUAAUGUUAUGGAUGAAUGGCGAGAGCAGGUGGUACAGCUUCUUCUUCGACCGUUGCUUGACGAAGAGGACGAUGUCGAGUUUACUGGUGAAGAGCUUGUGGAUUCUGCCAAGUUCCAAGACGACUUAAUGGUGUACGUGCAGGCUUUACGAAGCGUCAUCGCAGAUCGUCAGGAUGCUAUAUCUGGACAGAUAAACGAACUAGUCAAGCAUGAGACGGAGACGAGUAUUAAACUGGCAGCAAACGGCGGUGGUCCCGCUCCGAAGAAGAUGCUGGCAUUGCUCCAAGCCAGGAAGCAGAUGAAACCCUAUCGCUCGCAAACAUCCAUGCGCGGCGCAAUCGGCGAACUUCGAGGCUUACAGACCCGUUUGAACCGAGAUGCACCCAGCGGCAGCCGCGAAACCAUUGAGCUCAAGAUUGUCUCUGAUCAUCUGAAGCACACGCAAACGCUGCUGAGCGAGCAGAACAAGGCAGUCACGGCACUCGAAUCCGAAAUCGAGAGCUUCAAGGAUGCCAUGAAUGCCCGUCUCGAGUACUACCGUCAGCUGCAGGUGGUAUCGGAUGCCGUGCUCCCAUACGAAGGCGAAAAGACGGCGCACGUGGAAGAACGCCUGGGAAAGAUGGAGCAGGACGCUCGCAAAAAGCUCCUCUCCAGUGAAGCCAAGCACCGAUACCUGAUGAAUCUCAAGGAGAACGGCGAGGGUGGGCCUGGAAGCAAGUCCAACGAGCCACGCAUGUGCAUCAUCUGCCAAGCGCCGUUUGUGACGGGCGUGCUGACAGUGUGCGGGCACCAGUUCUGCAAAGAGUGCAUGAUGAUGUGGUACAAGUCGCACCGCAACUGUCCUGUGUGCAAGAAGAAGCUCAAGCCCGAACAGCUGCACGACAUUGCCAUCAAGCCGCAGCAGCUGCAGAUCCUAAGCGAAGGCAGCACUGACAAGCCCCGCCAGGAACACCAACAGUCCAACGGGGUCCUGCAAAACGCCACCAUCUACAGCGAGUUCAACGCGGACAAGCUCGCCGAGAUUAAAGAUAUUGAUCUUGAUGGGCCCUCGUUUACGACCAAGGUCGACACGCUGGUGCGGCACCUGCUCUGGCUGCGCGAGUCGGACCCUGGCGCCAAGUCUAUCAUCUUUUCGCAGUACCGCGACUUUCUCACAGUGCUACACAAUGCUUUUCGCCGCUUCCGCAUCGGCUACGCGUCGAUUGACGAAGUCGACGGCAUCUCGCGGUUCAAGACGGACCCGGCCGCAGAGUGCUUCUUGUUGCACGCGCGCGCGCACUCGUCGGGCCUGAACCUCGUCAACGCCAGCCACGUAUUCCUAUGCGAGCCUCUGCUGCACACGGCGCUCGAGCUGCAGGCCAUUGCGCGUGUUGACCGUAUCGGUCAACAGCACGAGACGACUGUCUGGCUGUACCUGGUCUCGGGCACAGUCGAGGAGUCUAUCUACAACCUCUCCGUGCGGCGGCGCAUGGAGCACAUGGGCCGCACGCCAGCCUCUGCCAAGAGUGUCAGGAAGAAAGGCAAAAAUAACACCCGCGACUCCAGAGCGGCGACGCCAGAACCGUUGAGCGCGAGUAUCGAAGAAGCGAAUACACUGGAGCUGGAACACGCUGCGCUGUCCAAACUGAUGAGCAAGGACAGGACGGCGGGUGAGAUGGUUGACAAGGGCGACUUGUGGGAGUGUCUGUUUGGGAAUGUCCAGCAAGAGGACACUGCGGAGGCUAGUGACAGCGGGAGAACGAGCGAUGAGCGGUUCAAGAACCGGGCUGUCAUGUCGUACCUGGCUGCGGAAGCCGCAGGCUCGAGAAGGGACGAGUAA